AGUUGGCACAUAAAAGAACGGCAGAUUAAACAUUUGAGGGGAUUAGCAGCCCUCAGGACUAUAAAAAGGGACGGUCCAACAGUGAGAGGACAAACCAACUAGCUCAACAGACAGCAUCAGAAUCAGCAUCAGGACAAGACCUCAACACAAGUAACUAAUCAAAAUGUCAGACAUUGACGUCGCAGCACCCACCGACAGGAAGGCUCCUCCCAAAUUCAAGCAGAGGGCCGCUCGCACCUUCAAGAGCAAGGCUCCUAAACCAGGCCAGAAGGGAUUCGGAGACGACAUCCCCGGCAUGGAGGGUCUUGGCACAGACAUCACAGUGGUUUGCCCAUGGGAAGCCUUUGGCGACAUGGAGCUCAGCGACCUGGCAAAAUAUGGAAUUGUUUAGACCUCUCUCCUCAGCCUCUGCCCCUAUAUGCCACUAUAGUCGCUCAUGUAUUCCUACUGUGGUCUAAGCAGCUAAAGAUCUACUACCUGUGAGCUUUAGAGAGGAGGCAGCCCUUCAUGAUUUAGAGGUUUGACCUGGAAAAAAAAAAAAUACUCUGGCACUCUUUCUUGUCCAAUGCACUUUAUUUUACUUUCCCAAGAGGAAAAAACGACAAACGGAACAUGUUGUACUCUGUAAAUGUGAGAAGAGGGUUUGGGAUCUGUUAUGGUGAUAUCCCCGUUCCACGUCGUCUCCUCAAAGCUGCUGAUUCAAUGUGCACAGGUUUCUAUUUUGUGAAUCAGAUAAAUCCGAUUUUAUUUUGGUGAUUUUUUUCCUUCAGGGGAAAAAGUUCACCUCUGUCUAAUCUGUCAGUAGAGAGGAACAACUCCACAACAAUAAUAAAUGUUGAUAUUUUCCAUAGAACAUA